GGUGCUGGAGGAAGGGAGAGAAGUAACCUCGGGGUAAACAAGUGUGCGGAAGGGCAGAGACUGCAUUGAUUCGGGUGGGAAUUCCUCUAGCAACAAGUGGGAGAUCCGGAUCGAGCGCCCGUGGGAUCGCUUUAUACGGCGUGAUUGGGAGCUUCACGAAGAACCUAUUUGGGGGAAUAAUGAGGAACAUUUGGAUACUCCUUACCUUUGGCUUGUUCGCCUUGGUCUCCGGGGAAACGUGGGUGAAAACAACAACCUCUGACAAAGACCUGUAUAUCGAUAAUACAUCAGAUGAAGGAGCAUCCGGAUCCUAUCCAAUUGAUGAUGAUGAUUAUUCUUCUGGGUCGGGCUCUGGUUCUUCUCACAUAGAUGAUGCGGAUGAAGUUGUCGUGUUUACAACACCAGAGAUGCUUCCAGACGUUACAACAGAUAGUGAUGCUCCUAGCUUGGAGACUACUACUCUGACAAUAAAAACAAAUAUACCACCUGAAACUGAGGAGUCUGAAGAACCGGUAAGGAAAAGCGACACUGAACAAAUUCAGGUUAAAACCGAAAUAGAUGUGCGUACGCAAAAGCACACGGAGAACCUUUUCCACCGAACAGAAGUACUUGCAGCUGUUAUCGCUGGAGGAGGCAUUGGUUUCCUGUUUGCCGUCUUCUUAAUUCUCCUACUGGUUUAUCGCAUGCGGAAGAAGGAUGAAGGCAGCUACGACCUGGGCGAGCGAAAGCCUUCAAGUGCCGUCUACCAAAAGGCACCAACUAAAGAGUUUUAUGCAUAAAACUCCCAUUUAGUGUCUCUUUUUAUGAGAUCACUGAACUCUUUUCUUUUAAAUAAAGCUUUUGCAUAGAAUAAUGAAGAUUUUUUUUUCUCAUUGAAGAGCCUUCAUGGCGACUUUAUGAUUAAAGAAAAUCCCAUUGUAUUUAAAAACGUUUCAUGUAUUCCUUUAAAAAAAAUAAAUAAAAAAGCAAAAAAAAAAAACCCAAUGUAAAGUCAGAUCUUAACACUUACAUUGUUGAGUGAGUAACGGUGGCAGAGUAUUAUUUUAUAAGACCAUUGCUAUUCACUAAUGUCUCAAACCAUUUUGAAUAAACAGAAUAUAAAGGAACAGAUUGUUUAAAGCUUCGGGUCUGUGAAAGGUUGUUUAAUAUUUCUAGCAUGUCUCAAAUCUUUAAAAAUUUUAGUUUUUAAUUUCAUUAAUUUAUCUCUUUCCAAACAAUGCCUUUUGUAGUUGUCAUGGUGCAAUCGUCUUAGGAUAAUUCAGAUAUACAAUAUAUUAGUGUAAAUGUAUUUCUUUUCCUUCCUAUGUAAACUUUUACUUCCAAAAUUUGUAUAAAUCUGUGUUACAAUAUCAA